AUGACGACUCUGUGGCAAGAAUGGGCUGCUCCCGUUGUCAAACGACUAGAAGCCUUGAAUGCCGCCGAGGACCAAUCCAACCGCUUCACUUUAUCACAGAAUGAGACCCAGCGCACUUUAGCCAUUGUAUCCUCCACCACUUCCAUCGUCAUGUGCCUAAUAGCCAUCUACCUAUUUUUGGCGAUAGAUCCUCGACGCUUGGUGUUUCGCCACCAACUAAUCACCUUCUUGAUCUUCUUUGAUCUCCUAAAGGCCGUGAUUCUUCUCAUAUUCCCAACCCGCGUCUUCACCAAUGCGCAAUCAUACUACAACAACCGCUUCUGCCAGGUGGUGGGCUUUUUCACCGCCACCGCCAUCGAGGGCGCAGACAUAGCCAUCCUCGCCUUUGCUUUACAUACCUUUCUCCUAAUUUUCAGGCCGACGCUCACUGUUAAGGUUCCCGGAACUGAUCGAGUGGAAGGUGGCCUCUACUUGUACAGAUACUAUGUGUACGGCCUUUCCUUCCUUAUUCCUUUGGUGCUUGCCAGCUUACCCUAUGUGGAAAAGGGCUACAUCUCGUUUGUUUGCUGGUGCUACCUACCUCAGCAUCCUGUUUGGUACCGGUUGGUGCUCAGUUGGGUACCCAGAUACUGUAUCAUGAUCAUUAUUGUCUCUGUCUACUGCUUGAUCUACUUCUAUGUGCUCCGCGAGUUUAGAACCUUGGGCGGUGUGUUCACCACCAUGCACAAGCUGAGACAAAAGAAUGGCCUUCAUCCAAGCGUGCUGAACCAAAAACCUUCGUUCUUCUCGGCUUUGGCUUACUUCUGGGCCUCUAUCAAGGACUUUGCAUUGCCCCAGUUGGUCAUACCUCAAGAGAAGACGCUCUCUCCUCACUCCACAACAAGCUCCAGCGUAGAUCCGAUAGCUGUGGGCCCGACUACAACUUCUGCUGCAAGAGAUAACCCUGGAGGUCCUCUUGACACAGAAGCAGUCAUUGGCGACCCUGAAAUCCAAGCUGCCAACCUCGAAAGUUUCCGCAAAAGGCAAAAGGUCAUUGAGAAGCAAAUGAAGUCGAUUUUCAUCUAUCCUUUUGCAUACUUUUUGAUCUGGCUCUUCCCUUUCAUCUUGCAGUGCACUCAAUUCAAUUACGAACGCACGCAUGGGCCAAUAUACUGGCUCAAUUGUAUGGGUGCGUUCAUGCAACCGUUCAAUGGAGUUGUAGAUUCCUUAGUGUUCUUUUACAGAGAAACGCCUUGGGAGUACACCGUCAUGAAACACUUUGAACGGGAGCAUUCUGGCAAGCUUGAUCAUUACGUGUUGCGCAAUCAUAGUAAUGGAGACCUGAGCACUAUUGACACCCAGAUGAAAAAGACUUCUUUGGCUGCCAGUAUGCAUGUUGACGUUGAAGAAUAUUCAUGGUGGAGGAGGUGUUUCAGUGCUUUGCGCCUUCCGUUGAUGCACCUUCCAACAGAAGAUAACGUUGCCAAGUUCCUGAAGUCCUACAUCACUAACCGCAUAGACAAAUGUCGCAUUUCACAGUUUGGGGAAAAUAGUUCGGGAUCAGGUUCCGGAUCGGGCACAGGUUUGGAUGCAGAGUUUUCUGCCUUGCUGGGCAAGCAUGAUUUCUCUAAUCUUUUGAGUGGUGAGAUCUUUGAAGGCGACUUCCGUCUGAAUUUGGACCGGUUCUCGUUCUCGGGUCGUCGAACAUCUGGAGGUUCGGCGUCACAUUCGGCGCAGCAUUCCGGAGGUAGGAGACCGAGUGUGGUAUCGCUCUCUAACAAAUCCAACCGGUCUCGUCGAUUCUCAGCCUUCGACACUGGACGCACCGCAAUUCCUGAGGACAAUGCCUAUUCCUACACUAACAUGUCAAGCAACCGCGCCAGUGUAUCUCAAAAACGCUCGUCCCUUAACCACAGUGAUCGUUCCACUCAUGGAGAAGACACCGAGCUAGACAUUUUAGAUUUCUUGCGCAAGGGCCCCAUUUGA